GUGCUUCUUCUCACAAAAUUCACACUCAAAAAUCAAAAGCACAAAGAAGCAAUUUUACUUUAUCUACUGUAUCAUGGCAUCCCCACCUAGAAAUCCUCCUCCAGCCGUCGAUGGUGAUGUCCACAACGAUGCUGCAGCACCUGUACCAGCAGACCCAAAUCUGGCCAUCAUCGUUCAUCCAAUCAACUUUGAAGCUGUUCCUAUCAGCUACAUUGAGCCCGGCGACGAGCUGAACCCGAUUGACCCAGACAACUUUGAUUUUGUGGGUCCCUCUUCCACCGCCGGAAGAUUUCCAACGCGCCGGUCAAAGCGCACGAACCCUUUUCCAGAUCUGAACACUGCGGUGCCACAACGCCGAAGAGGAGAAAACUCUCCCCGGAGAGGAAGCAGAGGUGGAAGAAGAGGAAGCAGAGGUGGCCGUACUCCAGUCCAGUCAAACCCACGAAGAGGUCUUCAUCUGGUAGAUGAAGAAACUGAUGACGAAGCAGGGGAUCCUACCUUUGCUGCACCACAGGCUCAAGCCUUGUCUUCCAGCUCCUCUGAGUCUUCAUCCAACAACUCACCUUCCCCAGCAUCAACUCAGGGGGAGACGUCGCAGCCCAGCAUGGCAACAGCAGCCUCUCAACAUUCUGUUCCUGAAGGUGUUGCUGCACCUGUUUCAGAAGGUGUUGCUGCACCUGUCUCUGAAGGUGUUGCUGCACAUGCUCCAGAAGAUGCUGCUGCACCUACUGGUUCAGCGAAUGUUCCUCAGAAUGCUGCUGAGGAUGCUGCCCCUUAUCAGGAUGAAGAAAUGCCUGAUUUCUCUGGAAUGUCAUCAGCAGAGCAUGUAGACAUUCCAUUUGUCGAUGCUCAGGAGUUCACCACUACAGAAGAAACUCCAUCAGCACCUCAGGGAGAUCCUCUGGAAACCCUGGCAGAAGCAGCAGCUCAAGCAGAUACAAUUCCUCCUCAGGCUGAAGAAUCAGAGAAAAGUGAAGACAGUUGGGAGGUUCCACUAGCUACUUUUCGCAAAAACUUGUCCUCUUCUGAUUCCGACAGUGAAUCCUCUGAAGACUCUUCUCAGCAGGAAGAAGGUGUUGCCCCACGUGCUGCAUCACCUGAACCAGCAUAUGUCCCUGAUGAGCUUGAAGAUUCAGAAGAUGAUGAUUCCGCAGAAGAAGAAGAACCAGACCUGGAUGGGAAGAACUUGUCAAUCCCUUUUGAGGUAACAAAUGCCUUCAGUCCUAAUUUCUAUUUUGAGUCUGAUUCAUUGUUGAGUCCUCAAGUCAUGAAUUGUCAUUUCAUUGAGGAAAAGAAAAUUUCUAAGGAAGAAUUUGAUAGGCAUAGGAUAACAGCUUUUCUUCACCAAAGAAAAAUCCUUAACCUAGUUGAGAUUGCCUGCUCUUAUGAUCCCUUGGUUGUGAAAGAACUCACAGUGGCUAAUUGGAUUCCAUCCAAAAAUGUCUCUGUGGUAACUAAGCCUCAUGCUGUACUCAUGUACAAAUUGGGGAUGGGUUUACCAGUGGAUUUUGGCAAACUGUUCUUUGAUACUAUUGGUCAUCUUGCCCAGAAAAUUUCACCCUCCACUCACCUCCCCUAUCCUUCUCUCAUAUAUUCCAUCUUACUCUCUCAAAACUUGGGCCAAGAUGCCUCAGAAUAUCUUCACACCCCACAAGGCAUGAUCACUGUGUCUCAAAAUUUUCUGAGGGCUCCUCAUGUUCAAGAUCUUCCUUGGAAUGGAGAUGAUUUUCUCUCAACUGAAUCAGGUCAAAAUAACAUUGGUACUGAGGGUGUUGCACCUCAUGUUGACAACACUUCUAACCUUCUUGUGUCUGUUCCUAGAGAUCUUCUAUUGCAGCAGCUUACUCAUUCUCUAGCUCAGAUUACCUAUCAUCAGUCCAUGGUGGAGAUGAUUCAGAAGGCUCUUUCUGAUCAAAAAGGGGGAGAAAAAGAUCAUGAAACUGAAGCAGGAACAUCUCAUCCCUUGGAUGCUAGAGGCAGAGAGCAAGGAGUCAAUGAAGAGGAGGCAAAGAAAGAGGGGGAAGCUCAAGAAGAAAGCAGUGGAUCUAGUGAUGGAGGAGGAGCAGCAGCUGAAACUGAGGAGACCUUGGAGACUUUGGAUAUUUUACUUUAG